AUGAAUGACAGCUGUGAGGAAGAGUUAAUCCAGCUCACUAUGUUGACGUUUAUUUGGUGAAGUUGGUAGCAGUGGUCAUACGUCACACACACUAGUCACACCCUAACCUAAUUAAUGCUGCAUCUUAAGAAGCCGAAAGUUUAACUUAAACGAUGAAAUUAUUAUUUAGAUUUAUCCUAUCACCUUUAAAAAUAUGUCUCAUUAUUUUUGUUUUAAUUCACAACUGCGCUGGUGCUCAAGAUAUCAUAGGAUGUGGAGGUUUCGUCAAGAGUGACAUAGACAUAUCAAUGGCUCAGGUUCAAGUGAAGUUGUACACUAAACAAGGCAGCUUGAAAGACCAGACCGAGUGCGCUCCUAAGAAUGGGUAUUACUUCUUACCCAUUUACGAUAAAGGCAGCUACAUUCUAAAGAUUGAACCACCUCAGGGAUGGACUUUUUCCCCUAAAGAAGUACCUUUGACCUUUGAUGGACGUAACGAUCCCUGCAGUCAAAAUAAGGACAUCAACUUCGAAUUUAAGGGUUUCACAGUGUAUGGCAAGGUAUUGACUCAGGGGAGCUCUUCUGGCCCUGAAGGAGUGACUGUCAGUUUACUUAAAGAGAAGAAAGAGAUUGCUCAAACAAUCACAACCCAGGGUGGGGCAUUCGAAUUUCCUUCGGUUUUAUCAGGAAAUUACAAAGUACAAGCAUCUCAUCCUAAGUGGCAUGUUAGCAGUGCUGAAGCUUCAGUGUCUGUUGCUGGUGGUAAUGGCAAUGUGAAGCCUGGCAGCCUCCUUGUGGCAGGCUAUGAUGUCUCUGGGCGGGUACUCAGUGAUGGAGAACCUGUGAAAGGGGUUAACAUUAUUCUGUUUCAAAUUUCUGCCCAAGAGGGCUCUCCUAUCCCUGUGGUACCUGGUUGUAACAAGCAAGGUCUCCAAGGAUUCAAAUCUCAGUCUACAGAGAAAGGCAUUAGGCAGCUUUGUUAUGUUCAAUCCAAUGCGGACGGAGUGUUCGGAUUCUCUCGCUUACCUCCUGGCCGUUAUCGGGCUGAACCGUUUUACCAAGGGGCUCAGAAUCUGAAAUUUGAUCUCAACCCUAAAUCUCAGGAAUUUGUUGUAUCUGAUGGAAGUGUUGCACUUGCCUCUGAUUUUCAGAUUAAAGGUUUUACUGUAAGUGGCCGUGUUCUGUUUACUCCUAAUGGACCGGGUGUUCCUCAUGCAAUUGUUCUUGUCAACAAUCAAGUUAAAACUGAAACUGACAAAAAUGGAUAUUAUAGCUUGGAUACCAUGCAAACUGGAACAUAUUCCAUUGAAGCUGCGUCUGACAAACUUCGGUUUUCAUCAUUGUCCAUCAAAGUCAGUCCAAGUUCUGCCCAGCUUCCGGACUUAAUUCCAUGGGGCUUUGAAGUUUGUGGACGUAUCACUCCGCCUCGACUAGAAGAUAACCGCCCUCGUACUGUUCUACUCAGUAGUGACAAGGCAGCUUCAAAUAUAAUCGACAGGGCUGAGGCAGAUAGUGCUGGUCUUUACUGUUUCCACUUGAAACCAGGAACAUAUUUCGCCAGUGUGCAAAUGUCUCAGGAAGAGAAGGCUAAGGGCUUGCAGUAUGCUCCAUUGGUGCGAGAAAUGAGAGUAAUAAAUCAGCCUGUGAAUGUAGGCAAUGACUUUUCUCAACUGAAAGCACUUGUUCACGGAAAGGUGACUUGCUUGCAAAAUUGUGAUGAUAUUAGCAUCCGCCUUCUGCCUCUUUCACCGGGAAUUGAAGAACAAACUAUCAGAUUAAAAGAUAACUCAUAUGAAAUAAAAGAGGUUUUACUGGGAAAUUAUCAUGUGAAAAUCAUUCGAGAUGAUUGGUGCUGGGAAACAAACCAGCAUGAAAUUGAAGUUUUAACUGCAGAUGUCACUGUUCCUGUUUUCAAGCAUGUUGGUUUUGCUGUGAAUGUGUUGUCCUCUCAUGAUGCAUCUGUCACGUAUGAACUUGUCCCAGAGGCAGCCAAUCAGCAAGCCAAAAAUAAUGUGCCAAUUAAAAAGGGAGCUUCAAGAUUCUGUGUUCCUGUAGCUGGCACAUACCGCAUUCAUGGCAUGGGUUGUCACAAGUUUGCGGAGCCAACCACAAUCUUGUGGAGUACUAAAGAUCCUGUCAGACCCAUUCCAUUAACAGCCAUCGGCCACACAGUCGCAGGAUUCGUGGAAUCAAGCAAACAGGUGGAUGACUUGAUUGUUCGCAUUGAAAAGGGCAAUAAUGGAUCAUUAGUAGAGCUGCAAGGACCACUGAAAGCAAAACAAAAGGAUGGGAAGUGGUAUUAUGAAGUAGCGAUCAUGGCUUUGGAAAAUGAAGACUACAGGGUUAUUCCACAGUCAGCAGUCAUGCUGUUUAAACCUGAGGAAGUUUCAAUGCCUCGAUACACAGACUGUGCUGAUAAUGUCUUCAAUAUUGAAGCAUUUUUAGGCCAAGUAAUUUCUGGAGAGGUUACUCCAGCUUUAGGAGGUGUUACUAUUACUGUUGUAGAAGAGGGAGAUCCAGCUUCAGAGCCGAGACUUGUUACUCAAACUGAAACUGAUUCCAAAGGACAAUACCGCAUUGGUCCACUCCAGCCUGGACAGAAAUACCGAGUUUCUGCUGAGAAGGAAGGCUAUGUAAUGACUGGACCUGAUGACAAGAAUAAAAUCAUUGCUCGAAAGCUGGCUGAAAUAGCUGCUGUGGUAACUGACCGAGCAGAUGGCACGCCUUUACAAGGAGUUUUACUGUCUGUUUCUGGUGGAUCAUACCGACGCAAUAGUUUAACUGGGGCUGAUGGGCAACUUUCCUUCAAGUCUCUGAGCCCUGGAGAGUACUAUUUGCGACCUUUGUUGAAGGAGUACCGCUUUGAGCCUCCUGCACUACAGUUUGAAGUGAAGGAAGGAGACACUGUAAAUGUUAAACUUGAGGGAGAUCGUGUAGCUUGGAGUGCGUAUGGUACUGUGACUUCCUUGAGCAAAGAACCGGAAGCAGGAGUUUUGGUAGAAGCAGUUGGAGUCGAUAGAGAGAGGCAUAAGUGUUCCAAUUUGCAGGAGGAAGCCAUUACUGAAGUAACUGGACAGUUCCGCAUCAAAGGUCUUCAACCUCAGUGCAAUUACAUUGUACGAGUUAAGCCAGGUGCUGAGGCCAACAAACAUAUUUACCGAGCUACACCAGACAAUAUUCCUCUACAGGCUGUAGAGAGUGAUGUGAAAAAUUUGAGGUUGAUUGCAUUCCGUCCCCUUGCCAAAACUGAAGUAGUUGCUGUUGUGCGUACCUCAUUUAACACUGUGGAGCAAAUUCGCAGUGUGAAACUGCGUUUGUGCCGCGAAGAGACACCGGAGCAACCCAUUCAUGUGACCAGGCUGGAUAGUAUUGUCGGAGGACAGGGGGCUAAAGUGUAUGACUUCUUCCCUGCUGGUGUUGUAGUUCACUUCCCCCUGAUCCCAGCAGAUGGCAGUGGCUAUGUUCUGCAAAUGGAAUCAUCUCUGUCUCCAUCUGCAUAUGACUACUCAAAUCAGGCAAUCCACUUCCAUGCCAAUGUUUCUUAUCACUAUGUUCCUUUCUCAUUUGAACCAAUUCCCAGAUUUGUUGAUCAAGACCUCAACCAAGGAUCAAUGUUCCUCCUUCCCAUCAUUAUUAUCGCUCUCAUUUCAUACUUCAAAAGGGACAGUAUUGCUCUCAGUAUAAAACAAUUUUCUCAAGGUACACUUUUCAAAAGGCUAACAAGAGACGGUUCUGUUCAAAAUGACAGACCUAAUUCUCGAGAAAAAUCUUCUCGUGAUAAAGGAGGUUUGAGGGAUCUUGAUAACACACCAGAUAACUCAGAUGGUGCUACUGUUGAAGCUAUUGGAAGAAAGAAGAAAACAAGGAGGACCUAAAAAUAUUUUGUUGUUUGUCAUUGCCAUCAUUAUUUAAUAAGAUCUCUAUUGUUGAUGAUUCCCAUAAGUUGACUGAUGAUGUGUUCAUUUUUUCUAUAAACUAGUAAAAAUGAUUUACAGUAUAAAUUGUGACCAUUAGCAUGUUUGUUUGCAUGUGUAUUUGUAAUUGUCUUGUAAAAAUUUUAUUAAUAAAAUUAGAAAAACAUUUUUGA